AUGCCACCCCAUGGGCUCCUGACCCUGUGCUCCCCCCCCAGGGAGUCUCUGCGGAAGAUCAUCACCACCCUCGCCGUGAAGAAUGAGGAGAUCCAGAACUUCAUCUACUCCCUCAAGCAGAUGAUCCAGAAUGUGGAGGCCAACUCAGCGCGGGCACAGGAGGACCUGGAGGCCGAGUUCCAGUCCCUGUACUCGCUGCUGGACGAGCUCAAGGAGGACAUGGUGAUGAAGAUCAAGCAGGAGCGCGCCAGCCGCACCUACGAGCUGCAGGCCCAGCUCGCCGCGUGUUCCAAGGCCCUGGAGAGCUCGGAGGAGCUGCUGGAGGCGGCCAACCAGGCCCUGGGCGCUGCCAACCACCACGACUUCUCCCAGGCGGCCAAACAGAUCAAGGAUAGGUCUCUGGAUGCCCUGGGUGGGAUCCCCAGGGUGCUGAGCUCGGGGGUGCAGUGGGUGCCCCAGGGCGGGUGUGCCCAUGGAUCCUUGCCCAGCGCGCCCGAGAUCGACCUGGCGGAGUCGCUGGUGGCCGAUAACUGCGUGAGCCUGGCAUGGAGGAUGCCCGAGGAGGGCGGCAAGAUCGACCACUACGUGCUGGAGUAUCGCAGGACCAACUUCGAGGGGCCCCCCCGUGCCAAGGAGGACCAGCCCUGGAUGGUCAUCGAGGGCAUCAAGGGCACCGAGUACACCCUGUCUGAGCUGUUCGACAUGAAGCACAUGAAUUUUUGGGGCUGA